UCCUCUUCCUCUUCGCGUUAGUUCCGGUCGCAGAGGAGACACCGCCGCACUUGCCGCCACCUCGGGGAUUUCUGGCUCUUUUCUCUUCGCCUUAAAUUCGGGUGUCUUUUAUGAAUAAUCAAAAGCAGCAAAAGCCAACGCUAUCAGGCCAGCGUUUUAAAACCAGAAAAAGAGAUGAAAAGGAGAGGUUUGACCCUACUCAGUUUCAAGACUGUAUUAUUCAAGGCUUAACUGAAACUGGUACUGAUUUGGAAGCAGUAGCUAAGUUUCUUGAUGCUUCUGGAGCAAAACUUGACUACCGCCGCUAUGCAGAAACACUCUUUGACAUUCUGGUGGCCGGCGGAAUGCUGGCCCCAGGUGGUACACUGGCAGAUGACAUGAUGCGUACCGAUGUCUGCGUGUUUGCAGCACAAGAAGACUUAGAGACCAUGCAAGCAUUUGCUCAGGUUUUCAACAAGUUAAUCAGGCGCUACAAAUACCUGGAGAAAGGUUUUGAAGAUGAAGUAAAAAAGCUGUUGCUGUUCUUAAAGGGUUUUUCAGAGUCGGAGAGGAACAAACUGGCUAUGUUGACUGGUGUCCUUCUGGCUAAUGGGACACUUAAUGCAUCCAUUCUUAAUAGCCUUUAUAAUGAGAAUUUGGUUAAAGAAGGGGUUUCAGCAGCUUUUGCUGUAAAGCUCUUUAAAUCAUGGAUAAAUGAAAAAGACAUCAAUGCAGUAGCUGCCAGUCUUCGAAAAGUCAGCAUGGAUAACAGACUGAUGGAACUUUUUCCUGCCAAUAAGCAGAGCGUGGAACACUUCACGAAGUAUUUUACUGAGGCAGGCUUAAAAGAGCUUUCUGAGUACGUUCGGAAUCAGCAAACCAUAGGAGCUCGUAAGGAGCUCCAGAAAGAACUUCAGGAACAGAUGUCCCGUGGUGAUCCAUUUAAGGAUAUAAUUUUAUAUGUCAAGGAGGAGAUGAAAAAGAACAACAUCCCAGAACCAGUUGUUAUUGGGAUAGUCUGGUCAAGUGUGAUGAGCACCGUGGAGUGGAACAAAAAAGAGGAGCUUGUAGCAGAGCAAGCCAUCAAGCACUUGAAGCAAUACAGCCCUCUACUUGCUGCCUUUACUACUCAAGGUCAAUCUGAGCUGACUCUGUUGCUGAAGAUUCAGGAGUAUUGCUAUGACAACAUUCAUUUCAUGAAAGCCUUCCAGAAAAUAGUGGUGCUUUUUUAUAAAGCUGAAGUACUGAGUGAAGAGCCCAUUCUGAAGUGGUAUAAAGAUGCCCAUGUUGCCAAGGGGAAAAGUGUCUUCCUCGAGCAAAUGAAAAAGUUCGUAGAAUGGCUCAAAAAUGCUGAAGAAGAAUCUGAGUCCGAAGCUGAAGAAGGUGACUGAAUUUUGAAACUCCAUCCUCAGUAAAGCAAACAGGAGUUGUAGAUAAAUGUCACGUCUCAUGUGUCCUGGUUCUUACAUCUUCCUACCUCCCUAUAUCAAGCAUGAUAUAAGGGCUUUCAUGGCAAAUUUAUUUUAACUGUUUCUAUGGUUACUGGAAAUGUUGGAUUUAGUUUCUAAAACCAUGUUUUAAGUAGCUACAGGAGCUGUAGAUUUGAAUCUAAUGUUGCUUUAGGGUUUUUUUUUUUUUUCAGUUAUCUUCUACCUCCUGUAUUUUUUACUGUAAUAAUGUAAUUUAAGGCCUUCCACAAUGAACACUUCACUUUAUUCCUUGGGUUUUUCUAUAUAACAGUUUUCAAGAUAUGAUUUGGUUAAAAAUAAUUUGUUAGAAAAAUUCUGUUUUGCAAAUUAAACUGUAAAAGUAUCCAAAGUCUCGAAAGGCAAUGAUUUGUGUGAUAAUUUGGUAUGUCCAGAGCCCUGUUCAUCAAUGAAAAUCUUAGAUGAUAAGUGAACCCAUUAAAUAUGAACCUGAAUAUUGGGACCAUUGCUGUGUGUUACCAUAUUCUUGUCUUUUAAACCCCAGGUGUCCUUAGGUUGUUUGCUGGUUUUUAUCCUCAAUGAAGGUAUAGAGAACAAACUUUAGAAGUUUGAGAAAUCAUAUGUGGCAGAAGUGGGGGGAAGAAGAGUCGAGCUUUUUCCCACUAAGAAACUUCUGCACUGUUUGAAUCUUUCAGGCAAAGAAAAUGGCUAUUCUUUUCAUAUAAGCAUUUCCAAGGAUACCUUAGAAAGUCUUUAUCAAUUAAAAUAUUUUAUGCUCAGAAUAUACUUAAAUUGAUAUGAAAGGACCUAUAAAGAAUUGUUAAGGAAAUGACUGCUGUAUUAAACGCCAGUAAAAAUGGUUAAAUGCUAAGGAUGAGCAUGUUCUAAUUGAGGAUCUAAAUGUGACUUGUAUUUCCUAUUGGUUUAGAAUACUUGUAAAGAAUGAAGUGUAAUGUAACUAUGUAUUCCCACUUGGUCUUACUGGACGGGCUUCAUUCUAUUACCACAGUAAGGCCUCAAGCACCUGGCUAUUAACGUACCCUUCCAUUUUGCCUUUUUUUUUUUUUUUUAAUUGCCACAAGCCAAAUAUAUCUUCUAAAUGAUGGAUCCAUUUAAUGGCUGCCUUUCCAUUUUCAUCUCUCUUUUUGUUACCUAUCUGUAAAUGUAGUCAAUAAUGGGGGAAAUCUAGCCAAAUUUUUGUGUGCAAAGGCAUGGUAAAAUUAAUUUUUUGAAGGUUUUUAAUUGGCAGAAAAAAUAGCUUAGAAUAAUGCCACCCGGAGACUUAGUGGAAAUCGCCACUUUGAAGGUACCAUUCAUUAGUUGGGUGUUUAAAAAGUUCAUCUUGAGGGAAUAACGUGUAAUAUAAUUUGAAAUAAAGAUAAGGUAAUCUUAAGAGCGCUAUAACUGAUAACAUUGUGACUGGGGUGAGUUUGUUAAGUGAAUAACUUUGAUAAAGUUUUCAUGCACAGGCAAAAUGUAUUUACUAGAUUUCUAUGUAGUAUUCUGCUUUUACUUUGUAAUUUGUAGUCCUCAAGAAUUUUUUUUUUUAAAUAAAGUCCAUCCUUACACUUA